AUUCCUCCGAUAUUUAUAUCCAAACCAUAUAUCAUGAAAUAAUGUGAGAAAUCAGUUUCUACACAGAGAAAAUUAAGCAAUCGAUUUUAAACAACACUCAACAGCAUUACUAUCACCUAUUCUCUAUUAUCAUUAAUACUAUCAAGAAUGGCUAUGCGAGCUGAUAUCGAACACUACGAUGAUGCUCCCGUCUCAGGUGGCACGUCGAACCAAAACGGUGAAAUCAGCGAGAAAGGUCAUACCAAAGACACCGGAUCGAACGUUGAACAUACUGUCUUGAUCAACCUCAUUCACGACAUCGCCACAAACGAUCCUGAUCGAGCUUUCACCUACACUCCUUCAUCUUCUGAUCCUCAAGAUGGAUGGAAGCCAGUUACUCACCUUCAACUCUCAAACGCCGUCGACUAUCUCGCCCACGACAUCUCCAAAACGGUUACCAAAUCGUCAGACGACGAGGUUCCGACUGUGGCAUAUAUCGGCCCCAGUGACUUUCGAUACACGGUCAUUCUUCUGGCUUGUCUCAAAGCAAGCUGCAAAGCUCUCUUUAUCUCUCCGCGAAACACCCCCGCCGUUCAGCUCUCGCUAUUCGAUACUACGAACUGUCGAUACCUUUAUACCACCGAGUCGUUCAAGUCAGUUAUGCAGCCCUGCCUCGAUCAACGAACAAUGGGAGUUGCCAUGAUAGAGAGUAUCGAUCACCUCCUGUCUGUAGCUCCUAAGCCGUUCCCCUACAACAGAUCUAUCGAAGAGGCACGAUGGGACCCCCUUGUUGUUCUUCACACAAGCGGUUCCACGGGAGUCCCAAAGCCCGUCUUCUUGAAACAAGGUAUCUUCUACGCUUUCGAAGAAUUGAUCCAUCAGCCCAAGUUUCAUGGCUCUCCAUAUCCUUUCCAGGAAUGGGCCGAACGGGCGAAGAAAGUCUUUCUCGGCAUGCCCAUGUAUCAUGCUGCAGGCACGUAUCUUCCUCUAUCCUUCAUUUAUCUUGGUCUGUCUACAGUCAUGCCGCUUCCCAAUCAACCUUUGAACGUUGACACGGCGAUGGAGUACUUAAACUGCAGCGGUGCUGAUGGUGCGCUGCUGCCCCCUUCUGUGAUCGCGGGCUUGGCAGCUUCCGAGGAGGGUAUAGAGGCUUUGGCCAAGCUCAAACUCCUUAUAUUUGGUGGCGGUAGCUUGUCAACCGAGGCCGGCAACUUGCUGGCAAACAGGGGUGUCGUUUUGAGGAACGUCAUUUCAUCAACCGAGCUCUUCCCUUGCACGCCCUACAGUCCCCAAGAUCCAAAGCUAUGGCAAUACUUCAUCUUUAAUGAUGAGCUCAUGGGCAUCGAUUGGCAUCGCCAUGACUCGAAUGAGUACGAGCUUGUUGUCCGCCGCAAAGCAUCAGAUCCUGGUAACCAGGGCUGUUUCUACAAUUUCCCUGAACUAUCGGAGUGGCGCACAAACGACAUCUUCUCACCCCAUCCCACGCUCAAGGAUCACUGGUUAUACAAAGGUCGAGCCGACGACAUCAUUGUUUUCUCCAAUGGCGAGAAACUGAACCCACUUACCAUUGAGGGUGUCGUUUCGGACCAUCCUCUGGUUAAGUCAGCACUUGUUGUCGGUCAGGGAAUGUUUCAAGCAGCUCUUAUAAUUGAGCCCAUCGCUGAAGCACAACCUAAAGACGAAGCCGAGACGAAGGCUUUGCUUGAUAAGAUCUGGCCAUUGAUCGAGAAAGCAAAUGCUCAGACAGUGGCUCAUGGAAGGAUUGCUCCAAGCUUUGUCGCUUUCGCCGACCCAAAUUUGCCUUUUCCUCGCGCUGACAAGGGGACGCUACAGCGUGGCAAAACUGUCAAACUAUACGCUGACUUCAUUUCCGCCCUGUAUGAGAAGGCCGAGAUGCUUGGAGAUGGCCCAUCUAUUGCCCUUGACUUGAGCGACGAUGAUACCUUGAAACAAUCCAUCAUCAGCCUGUUUGUUACCAAGCUUGGAGUUGAGAAACUUGACUCGGAUACGGACUUCUUCUCUGUUGGUGUGGACUCAUUGCAAGUGAUGACUGCGACGAAUCUAUUGCGGGGUGCAUUACACAGAGCGGGUGUUGACACGUCGACAAUCGCACCGCGUGUCAUCUAUCGCAAUCCUACGGCAAAAGGGUUGGCUGCGUACAUCCAGUCCCUGCGAAAUGGAGUAAGUGAUGAUGACGAAGAGACCCAUGAGAUCAAUCAGAUCAAGGAACAAGUCUCGAAGUACACCAAGAACCUUCCAGCGCCGAAGACUGGGAAACAGCCACCUCUGAACAAGGGUCAAACAGUUAUCGUUACGGGUACAACAGGUUCUCUAGGAGCUUACAUGCUUGACCAGCUCUGUCGCCUGGAGUCAGUCAAGAAGGUCAUCGCCCUCAACAGAACUGAUGAUGGUGGUUUAUCUCGUCAACCCUCCAUCAACGAAACUCGUGGUUUGACGACAGACUUCUCCAAGGUCGAGUUCCUCCAUGCAGACUUAUCCCUUCCUGACCUUGGCUUGGGUCAGUCCAAGUACGAUUCCCUCCUUGCUGGUGUUGAUCGCAUCAUUCACAACGCCUGGCCGGUGAACUUCAAGUUCACCAUGUCCUCUUUCGAGAGCCACGUUCGAGGCGUACGACAUCUCGUCGAAUGCUCUUCUGCAGCUGCCAAGAACGUACCCAUCAUCUUCAUUUCGUCUAUUGGUACUGUUGAUAGAUGGUCCUCACCAGAUGUCGUGCCUGAGAACGCUUUGCAUGGCCUGACACUACCAAGCAUGGCUUAUGGACGUUCCAAGCUCGCUGCAAGCCUCAUCCUUGACGCAGCUGCCGAGGAGUCCAGUAUUCCUACGGUUUCGGUAAGAGUUGGGCAAAUUGCGGGCUCAAGGAGGGAGAAGGGCAUGUGGAAUCGCCAGGAGCUCAUUCCAAGUAUGAUCGCAAGUUCAGUGUAUCUUGGAGUUCUGCCUGAUCAUCUCGGUUCGCAGCAGGAGAUUGCUUGGACUCCUAUCGAGGACAUUGCAGGACUUAUUCUUGAUGUUUCGGGCAUCACUGCUGAGAAGCCCAUCUCUGAGGUUUCGGGAUACUUUCAUGGCGUCAAUCCGGCAACAGUCAGUUGGUCCGACAUUUCUCCUGUAGUGAAAGAGUUCUAUGGGGACAGGAUGAAGUUGGUGGGUGUUGGAGAGUGGGUUGAGAAGCUGGAAGCUAGUGCGAAAGAAGAGAAUGUGGACUUUGAUAAGAAUCCUGGUGUCAAGCUUCUGGAUACUUACCGUGGAUUGUUUGCAGCAGGGGAGCAAGCUCAGUCGGUCAAGUACUCGAUGGAAAGGACCAAGGAGCAUAGUCCAACUAUGAGAGAGCUUGGGCCGAUUACACCUGAGCUGAUGAGGAACUGGUGUCGCCAAUGGGGAUUCUAGUUCUUAGAUAAUAACUUCUCUAUUUAGACAUUCAGAUACCAAAUAC